AUGGCUCGGUGGACGACAUGCUGGAUGCUGAAAACAAACGGCUGGCUGAUAACCUGGCAACCAAAGUCUCCAGACUGAAAUCUCUGGCAUACGAAAUCGACAGAGAAGCUGAUGAUCAGAACGAGUAUCUGGACGGCAUGGACUCAAACUUCUUAAGUGCAACGGGACUGCUGAGCGGCAGUGUAAAGCGUUUCUCCACCAUGGUCCGAUCCGGCAGGGACAACCGCCGGAUCCUCUGCUACGUCUCUAUUGGCUUGGUCAUAGUCUUCUUCCUGCUUUACUACAUGGUCUCCAGGAUUCAACGCUGACAGUAAAACUAAGAUCAGCCAGGAGCUGACCCACAUUUUAUAGGCUAAAAUCAUCUCUGUGGCUCUCCUGUACAGGAAAAGACUUUUUAUUCUGCACCAAAGUAAGAAAAAAAACAGGAAGUAGACAGAGAGCUUUUUUUUUUUUUAAAUCGUUGAACUGACCAGCAGGGGGUGUCGGCGAGCUCGCAGGGGAAACUGUGGCAGGCAUGGUCAUAUCAAAGAUGGUGGAGUCUAUUUAAAAAAAACAAACAAAAAAACAUGCCUGGACUUUGUGAAUUUUCAACCCUGCACCAAACUUGUCCCUGUGUGCUGCAGCCAGGAAGUCCUAAUGUGGGCGAAGAGAAGGUGGAGCCUAAACAUAGCUCAGGUGGGAGAGACGCCCACCACAAAUAAGCAUCUGUGUCUUGGGUCCAGACUACACAACAAUCUAAAAGUCUAGUGUUGAGGAUUUAGUGGCAUGUAGCAGUGAGGUUGCAGAAAUGACACAUUUCCUUCAUGUAGGAGAACUACGGGAGAAAACAUGAAUGGCCCUAUGUAGAGCCAGUGGC